AUGGAUGCCAGCCGCAACGUCACCAAUAAUCACAAAGCGCAGAAAUAUGUGUUUCAACCUGUCGAUUACACCAUCAAGUCUGGUUUGUACUCAUUUCUGGGUAUUUUGGGAUGCUACGCAGUMAUURCUAAUGGGUUAAUCUUAUACCUCAAAAGAGCUCAAAGACUAAAAAGAAAAAAACAAAAGUCAUCACGAGCCUUCAAUCGAUUCCACAUCAUAACGAGUUACGUGCAAAGCUUAGCCAUGUCUGACUUCUUGUGUGGGGCCAUCACUAUUCCAGUUGCAAUAGUUAACAACUUCAUUGAUUAYAUSGACAGUGAUAACAAAUGCAAAGCCGCGAGGUACAUCGGUUUUUUACUUCCAGUUGUAACUGUAAGCAAUUUGAUUGUGAUAGGAGUUGAAAGGUAUAUGGCUGUUUUCCAUCCACUAAAAGUUCCUUCCUCGAAACGUCUUCGCUGGACCAUCAUUGGUGCCUGGGCCGUUGGAGCGAUGCUAUCAGUCCUACCUUCGACGACGUUUAAGCUGAAAAGGGUCGACAUCGAUGAACAUACUUACACUAURUUGUGCUGGUAUGAUAACACUGUUCUCCUGAACAAAAUUCUAUUUCUAGGAUUCACUGCUUUGGCCUAUGUCAUUCCCAGCUUUGUACUUCUAGUGAUGACUAUAAGAAUUACUCUUUUCUUAAAACAGAGGAGGAAAAUUCUUCGUCCUCGAACAUCUAAUAACUGGCGAUACUACGGAACGGACACUUUUGUUAUYCUUAUAUUGUGUUUCGUCGUYCCAUAUUUGCUUUAUAUUGCGCAUUCUGUUCUCGUCUUGAUUCUUAAGUUUCAAUUCGCCUUCGAAGUUGAUCUCAUUAUUCGUCGAACAACUUCAAUCAUAGCCUACUCCRAUUCAGCCAUAAGUCCAACGGUUUUACUCUAUACUAUGAAAGACUUGCGUAUAAUGCUGAAAAAAAUGCUUAAAAGCGGCGGUCGCAAUAUGAAUACAAGAAUGGACAACAGAAUCGCCCAUUUAGCAUUAGCAACGUUCUUGACUAUUGAACACAGAAAUGACAACAAACGGUCUUCGUCAACUAUGGAACAAAGUGUCUGA